GGACUUCUGAAGAUGUCAGAGCAGCCACCCUUCCCUUUUAAGAAUUCUCCAGGAAUCCAUAAAAUAGCCGGACAAAGUCCUUUCCGCCUCCUGCUGCCCCUUCCCCGAAGAGUGGCAUUUGUGUGAUUCCUUGAGGCCUCCACACCUCAGGUCUUCCACAGAACAAGCAGCGUGAGGGAAGGCAUACAAGUUAAUGUUUUCAUCCACCCGGACAAAGGAGAAUGGGGAUCCUACACCCAAAAGAAUGAAGACUCGACAGAAUAAAGACUCUAUGUCAAUGCGGAGUGGUCGGAAGAAGGAGACUCCGGGGCCCCGAGAGGAGCUCAGGACAAGGGGCCGGGCCUCUCCGGGUGGCGUCAGCACCUCCAGCAGCGAUGGCAAAGCAGAGAAAUCCCGACAGACCACCAAGAAGGGCCGCGUGGAGGAAUCGAUGGCCCCCAAAGGAAACAAGCAGGGCCGGCCGGAGGAGAUUUCAGAGAGCGAAGGAGAGGACGCCAAUGCCCCAAAGAAAACUAAAACAGAGGAUCUGCCGCGGCCCCAGUCUCCCUCCGACGUCGACAGCCUAGACGGCCACAGCUUCAACGACGAAACGAGCAGCGACCCGCGUGACAUCGACCAGGAUAACCGGAGCACUUCUCCCAGCGUCUACAGCCCCGGCAGUGUGGAGAACGAUUCGGAUUCCUCCUCUGUGCUGUCGCAGGGGCCCUCCCGAUCUUAUCAUCACCCCCCGCUCUUUCCCCAGAGCCCCUCCCCAGCCCCCCUGACCGAGGGCCUGGCUCGUCCACCUGAACCAAACUUCAGCUUAACAGGGGAGGUUCAUCCUCCCGGCUCCUCAGGCGGCUAUCAGUCCCAACUGGAAGCCCAGGCCUCAAGGAUCUUCCAGGCCCAGGCGCCACCCGCUGCCGUCACCUCCACCAACUCUUCCUCGUCUCCUUCCUCCUCCUCUUCCUCCUCCUCCUCCUCCUCCAGCACCCAUGUUCCUCUUUAUCCGAGUGCUAACGUGGUCCAGAUGGGCCCCAAAGCUGCAAGUGCAGGAGCGGGCAUCCUGGCCCCGGCUGGGCGUGAGCCAUCCCUCAGUUCCAAGCACAACCCGCCCCCGACCACACCCAUUUCCCUCUCCUCUGUGGCAGGUGGCGUCCCUCCUCAGAAGACACCCCCAAACAACCCCCCCUCUGCGCCUCCGUCUUCCGCCGCCGCUUUUCCUCACGUCUUAGCUAACUUGCCGCCCCCGCCUGCCCUGAGGCCUCUGAACAACAUGGCUGCCGCCUCCAGCUCCCCAGGGAUGGUGGGGCAAGCGUUGAGUGGCCACCUCCCGUCGCCCCAUGGCAUGGGGCAGGAUAAGUCGCCCGCCCCUUCACGCUACCCCUAUGCUCCCCCUCCGCCGCCUCCACCCAGCUCUUCCGCCCAGUACCCCCUCCCUCCGCCGUCCCAGGCGCUGCCCAGCUACAGCUCCUCGUACGGCCACUCGUUCCCCCCGCCCAGCAGCCUCUCCCUCUCCAGCCAGCCGCCCAAAUACACCCAGCCCUCCAUGCCCUCGCAGCCUGUGUGGAGUCAGGGCCCGCCCCCGUACAGCCGCCCUCUGGGGAACGCCGGCUCCCACCCCCCUUCCGCCUUCCCCGGCCAGGCUGCCCAUCACCCGCAGCAGCAGCAGCAGCAGCCACCGCACCACCACAACCACGGCGGCAGUGCAGGGCUGUCUCCCGCAGCAGCAGCCGCCCCGUCCCAGGCCUCCGUCGGAUACCCCCAUCCACUGGAGCCCGGUCCGCAUCACCCCUCCCACGCCGCAUACGGGCUGCGUCUCUACCCGCCCCACGGCCACGGCACGUACAGUCAGGCCCCCUCUGCAUCUUCUUCUUCCUCCUCCUCCUCCUCCUCUUCUUCCUCCUCCUCUUCUUCCUCCUCCUCCUCCUCCUCCUCCUCUUCCUCCCAGGGGACGUACCCCGGAGUCUGCAGCCACCCCCAAGGGCAGAACGCUGCCACCUAUGCCUUCCCUCCGCCCCCUCCUCCGUCACCCGCACACGGGGCUGGGCCCCCCGUCACCUCCACCUCAGUCACUCUCUCCACCGUCAUAACCACCAUGGCCUCCUCCUCGGCGGCCCCCUACAAGGCAGCGUCGCCUCCGGUCGGGCCCCCGCCCGUGGCCCCCUAUGGGAAGCGGACCGCUUCGCCCGCCCCGCCUCUGCCCCCCUUGCCUCUCAGUGCGGCACAGAUCAAGCAAGAGCCUUCGGAGGACUACGAGCCCCCAGAGAGCCCGAUGCCCCCCCUCCGGAGUCCCUCACCAGCGCCCAAAGUGGUGGACGUACCAAGUCAUGCCAGCCAGUCAGCCAGGUUCAACAAACACCUGGACCGUGGCUUCAACUCCUGCUCACGGACGGACCUCUACUUCGUGCCCCUGGAUGGCUCGAAACUGGCCAAGAAGCGGGCGGACUUGGUGGAGAAGGUGCGCCGAGAGGCGGAACAGAAGGCCCGGGAAGAGAAGGAGCGCGAGAGAGAGCGCGAACGGGAGAAAGAGCGGGAGAGGGAGAAGGAAAGGGAGCUGGAAAGGAGCGUGAAAGUGGCCCAAGAGGGCCGGCCGGUGGAAUGCCCAUCCCUCGGCCCCAUCGCUCACCGCCCGUCGUUCGAACAGGGCAGCGCAGUAGCUACUGUCCCGCCCUACCUGGGUCCCGACACGCCGGCCCUCCGCACCCUCAGCGAGUACGCGCGGCCCCACGUCAUGUCUCCGAGCAACCGCAACCACCCCUUCUACGUGCCGCUGGGGGCGGUUGACCCGGGACUGCUGGGCUACAACGUGCCGGCCAUCUACAGCAGCGACCCAGCCACGCGGGAGAGAGAGCUGCGAGAGCGGGAGGCCCGCGAGCGAGACCUCAGGGACCGCGACCUACGCGAGCGCCUUAAGCCCGGCUUCGAAGUCAAGCCGGCCGAGCUGGAGCAGCUCCACGCCGUGCCCAGCGCCACCAUGGAUCCCUUCCCGCGACACGGGGGGCUGGCUCUGCAGGCGGGCCCCCCCGGCCUGCACCCCGCUUUCCCCUUCCACCCAGGGUUGGGCCACCUGGAGCGGGAGCGGCUUGCGCUGGCAGCCGGCCCGGCCCUGCGCCCCGACAUGUCUUACGCCGAGCGGUUAGCCGCCGAGAGGCAGCACGCCGAGAGGGUGGCCGCCCUGAGCAACGACCCCCUGGCCCGGCUGCAGAUGCUCAACGUGACCCCCCAUCAUCACCAGCACUCCCACAUCCACUCACACCUCCAUCUGCACCAGCAGGAUGCUAUCCACGCAGCUUCAGCCUCUGUCCACCCUCUUAUCGAUCCUCUGGCUUCUGGGUCCCAUCUCACCCGGAUCCCCUACCCGGCCGGUACCAUCCCUAACCCACUUCUCCCACACCCACUCCAUGAAAAUGAAGUCCUGCGCCACCAGCUUUUCGAUGCCGCCAGUCAGAGCAUGAUGGGACUGGAAAGGAUGCCCCCUCCCUCUCCGCCUCGAGACACACACUAUAGUCCGGAAGAAGCAGUGCAUCGUGGGACUUUUCAAGACGGCAUUGGCGCGCUCUUGCGUAACCCUUGA